AUGAAGAAACCUUCAAUGACCUCUUUUCUCAUUGCAUUCCUGUUGGCUGCAGCUGUCUGCACCCACGGCAAAGCAGAAGAGGUGAAAGACUCCAACGGAAAUCCAGUUGUGGUCGGUGAAAAAUACUUCAUACGGACGGUUACGUCGACCGAGAGUAACCUCGGCGGUGGUCUUGCUCCAGGCCCCAUUAGAUUAGCUCCGAGUUGUCCACUUGGCAUCGCCCAUUUACGCCACAGGGCUCUGCAGGUUAGCUUUGGAUAUCCAUACAUUAUUGGCCGAGACACCAUUGACACAUCUUCAGAUAUAAACAUCGAGUUCAGGUCCGAGUUAUGGCCUUACUGCGACGAGUUUUCCAAGUUAUGGGCAGUCGAUGUUCGCCCAUCCGCGCCCAAUGAGCAUGACCUUAUCAUCGGUGGUGAACGGAAGAGCCCAAAUAGCGCGUUUAAGAUAGAAAAAGCUACAGGAGCAUACACUUACAAACAAUGGGUUGAGAUAAUUAAUACCCGCACGCAUGUAGGUGAACGCCUCUUUACUUUCAUAAUAAAAUUCAAUAAAGCUUUGUGUUUCCGGCGCUGUAAUUAUGAGACAUAA